UAUGGUACAAGGUCUAGGCUUUGUCUGGACUUGGGCCCCAAAUAAAUUUAUAAACUUGCACUUCACAGGGAUCUUGGAUUAUACAUUAAAAUGGCUAAAGAUCAUUGAGAAAAAUGGUACACCAAGAUUUCGAAAUAAUCCACUAAAGAAAAAACUUCUUGACAUACAAGCACCAUCUCUACCUGAACUAAUGAGGGAAUUAAAUUACAUGCCCUCUUGUCAUAUUCCAGAAAUUAACCAUAUCACAGACAGGAUAUAUGACAUUAUAAAGGGCUCUGAAAAAAUUAAUAGAGCCCAAAAGGGUCUUGAAAAUCAAGGCCUAAUGAAAAACUUCCUCAACAAUCACUCUAACAUUAUCAUUAAACCAGCUGAUAAAGGCAGAAGGAUUGUCUUAAUGGACAAAGAGGACUAUGUCUUUGAAGCUAUGACACAGCUCUGUGACAGAACAACCUACAAACAAGUCAGCAAUAAAAUAAGCUCUACCCAAUGGACCCGGUUAAAUGAAAUCCUUAAUGAAUUGGUUACAAUGAAAAUCAUUACCAAAUCUACAGCAACUCUGAUGGCUCCACAAAAUAGCCCAGGAGAUAGAAAGUUUUACCUCCUACCUAAAAUUCAUAAACACAGCUCCCAAUGGAGAGUACCAAAUAGGAUCCCCAAGGGGAGACCAGUGGACGAAUACUGUUCUGAAGAAGCAGAAAUUCCUACAAUUACAACACAACAAAGUACAAAUAUGGUGCAGUCAACAGGGUUAUAUUUUUUUUCUAUUUUAGCUAACCAAUCAAAAACUGUUUUUGGUGAGGAAUUGGUAAAUUUUAUAAUACAUUCAUUCAAUUGUCUAAAAUCUAAUGAGUUAAUAUUGAAUGAAAGACCUAAAGAAGAAUUAAUGGAAUUAAUGUUUAGUGAACAAAAUUCACAAGAAUUAUAUAAAUUAUUAGAAAAAGAAUUUGCAAAUUUAAAAGUACCUUUAAGCAGAACUGAACUACAAGAUUUAAAAGAAAAAAUGGCUAAAUUACAGGAAAACUAUAUUGCCAAAUUUCAUCAAAAUUUACAAGUAAAAUUCAAUAAAAACUUUAUUUUAGAACAAUAUUUUAAUCAUUACAAAAGGAAAUUUUCAACUAUGGAUUCUCAAUUCUCUGACAAGAAAUAUCAAGAUUUUCAAAAGAGAGAAAUUGAAUCAGCUAAGAAUAAAAUGAGAAAUGAAAAGAAUGAGUUUGAUUCAAAAUUGUGCCAAAUUCAAAGGAAAGUGAAUGAAAGAGAGGAAGAGAGAAAGAAGGAAAAGCAGAGAGAAAUGUCACAUUUCAUUUGGGUUUAA